AUGUGUCCAAUUUUUUUAAAUGGUAGGUCUGAAGCUACAUUUAUCAACCACAUCGUUGAAGAGAUCUUAAUCGUAGUACUGAACCGCACAUUUUGGAAUGUGGCCAAGUACCCAGUUGGAAUUCAGUCUCAUGUACAAGUUGUGGAAAUGCUUUUGGAUGUUGGUGGGAAUGGUCGUUUCAUGGUUGGGAUAUGGGGGGCAUCUGGAAUAGGCAAGACAACAAUUGCAAAAGCUAUAGGGAAUGAAAUUGCCCAUAAGUUUGAAGGAAGUUGUUUCUUGCCAAAUGUUAGAGAAAAUUCAAUGCCACAAUAUGGAGGCUUAAUCCAACUACAGGAGACUCUCCUUCAAGAGAUUCUUGGUGGUAAAAAGUUGAAAAUUGCCAGUACUGAUAAAGGUAUCUCUAUUAUACAUAAACUAUUGAGGCUUAAAAAGAUUCUCUUAAUUCUUGAUGAUGUGAAUCAGUUGGAGCAAUUAGACAACUUGGCUGGAGUUGGUUGGUUUGGUGAGGGUAGUAGAGUCAUCAUAACUACACAAGAUAGUGGAUUGCUAAAAUGUCAUGGAAUUGAGUUGAUAUACGAGGUCCAAAAGUUAUUUGACUACCAAGCUCUUGAACUUUUCAGUUUGAAUGCCUUCGGAAUAAAUGAACCUCCAAAUGAUUAUUUGGAACUCGCACAACGAGCAAUAGACUAUGCUCAAGGCCUUCCACUAGCUAUAACACUUUUAGGUUCCCAUCUUUGUAAUAAAGGUAUACAUCGUUGGCAAACUAUAUUAGAUGGUUACGAAGGAGAACCUUAUUUAGGUAUUCAGAAAAUACUUCGAAAAAGUUAUGAUGCAUUGGAAAAUUCAAUGCAACAAGUUUUUCUUGACAUUGCAUGCUUCUUCAAAGGUGAAGAUAAGGACUAUGUGAUACAAGAUUUGGAUGCAUGA